CCAUGCACUGCUGUGGGCUCUGUGAACCAGUCAUUGCUACAAUUUCAGUCUGCUGCAAUUUGAAUGGCAACAUUGCAAGACUGGGUUGGACUCUGGAGUCGCUUGUGUCUCUUUGGGCCCUCUGCUUUGGCUCCCUGUUGGAUGAUCCCUCCUCUGGCUGGUCCGCCCCUUGCCCUCCCGGUCAUUCCUUGCCUUGCCUGAAAAAGAUGCAGAAUUCUUUUUCUCAAGUCCAGGCAUUAUCUCCCCCUGUUGCUCAUACCAGCAAAAUGCAGGAAUCAGUAAUAUAAGAAAGGAAACACGUUUUUUUUCUCUUUUCUUUAACCCUGAUUACUUUGAAGAAGUGAUCCAGGCAGCUUCAUGGCUUCUCAAGGCCCAGUUAAUAAAACCAUGCAAGAUCGUCUUCCAGGUUCUCUGCACAUGCCUGAAAAAGCAAAGCCUUCAGAAACAACCAUAACCUGGAAACAAACCCGACUUCCAUCUGGUUUUCCACCUGGUCUGGAAUACUUAAGACAGUUGGAUCAGAUCAUUAUUCACCAGCAAGUGGAACUUCUUCAAGUUAUACUCGGAACUGAAACCUGCAGUAAAUAUGAGAUAAAAAAUCACAUGGGGCAAAGAGUUUAUUAUGCUGUGGAAGAAAAUGGUUUCUUUGAUCGGAACUUCUGUGCACCAUUACGGUCUUUCAUCAUAAGAAUCACAGACAAUACUGGUCAAGAGGUGAUCACUGUGAACAGACCUUUAAGAUGUAGUAGCUGUUGGUUUCCAUGCUAUCUUCAACAGUUAGAAGUUCAAUCACCUCCUGGAACCACAAUUGGCUAUGUUGUGCAGAAAUGGGACCCCCUGCUACCAAUAUUUACAAUCAGGAAUGGCAAUAAUGAAGAUGUGUUGAAGAUCACAGGUCCUUACAUCACAUGCGGCUGCUUUGGAGAUGUUGAUUUUGAGGUAAAAUCUUUAAAUGAUAUGUCAACUAUAGGCAAAAUCUCUAAGUAUUGGUCUGGAUUUGUCAAUAACAUAUUUACUAAUACCGCCAACUUUGGCAUUCAGAUUCCUGUGGACCUUGAUGUAAAAAUCAAAGCUGUGAUGAUCGGUGCCUGCUUUCUCCUAGACUUAAUGUUCUUUGAGAAUUCCUUGGAUGGAUUGUAACAAGCAAGAUGAUAGGAAUAAUAAAAUAUGCAAACGACAUUUCACCGUCCCUUGAGCACUGGAUAUUACUUUUGAACUAUACAAUCUGAUUUUUUUUUAUAAGAGGAGGGGGCAGUAAUCAUGAUUAUUAAACUAUAACUUACGUAAAUAAUUGUUUUCUUCUUUUAAUUGUGGGGUGGUUGUUAUUUUACUGUGAGUGUGUUCAACAUUGCUUUGGAGUGGGCUACAAUUCUCUUUGGGUUCCUUUGAUGUUAUUGCAUUAGAAAGCAUGAAAGAUUAGAACGCAGACGAGCAGCCCCACUGAUGAAAAGCUUUGAUUCACAACCCCCUUUGAAGUUUUGCAACCAGUUGGCCCCAGCUAUUAGCAAAAGAGAGAGUGAGAGUUUUAUUUCCUUAUACCCCAAGAAGCUUUCAGGUUUAGAGUUCAAUUAACAGUAACUAACAGAGACAUCAUCCACUGGGAAAGUUUAAGACCGCGAUCUCUUGGGACAAUGGUGGAUGAUGGUAUAAAUUGCUCAAAUUUAAGGGAUGCAUAAACAAUACAGUACCUUUUUAAAGAGCCACACUGACAAGCUUGGAUCCCCAUCCACCCCACCCCCCGCAAUAAGGAGCAUAACGCAUGUAAUGCAAAAUCCAUAAAUCCACAGGAUGGCAAAGAUGUUUGGUUGAUAGCUGCGACUAUGAAAUUUAGUUCUUAUUUGAUCAAAUAUAUAUUCUGCCCAUCAUACUUGCAUGCUUCUGGGUGGUCUACAGAUGUAAAAUAUGCUUCCUUUGACAUUGUUAUUCUAUCUGCCCAUAAGAAUAGCCAUGCAAGACAAACUCAGGCUUAUCUUUUUCCAAUGUUUUGUUAAUCACUGUAAUGAUCUGUACGAAUACCCUUUGGAGACA